CAUAUGACAUCAUAACAUCAAAGGACUGAUUCAAGCAGGGAGAGUAUAAACCACAGCAGCUCUCUCCAUCAGAAGGAUCAUUUUGAAUCUGUUGUAGGCGAGUAUCAGAGAGACAUCCACACUCAACAAUCAUUCAAAAUGCCCAAACAAACGCAGAAAGUGGCCAAGGCUGACAAAAGCAGAAGCAAACGUCAGGAGGACCCGAUCGAUUUUUCCAAACUUCCUAAGGACUUGAAAACACCUGAUGAAGUCUGGAAAAAAGAGAGGGGAAACACUCGUAAAAAGAAUAAAUCCAGCCGCUUGCAAGAGGAGAGAGAAAUGGAGUUGGCUGAACAAAAGUCAGAGGACCAAGAAGAUCAGAAGGAGCUGAUUAAUCCCACUGCUGAUAAAACUCCUGCCGAAGAAGCUGAGUUUAUGGAGACCAUCAAGAACCUGUCAAAAAGGCUUCUUCUAAAGGAGUAUCUGCAGCUGAGGAAGGACUUCGUAACCACCGAAGAUAAGCUGAAGAAAAAACUUCAGAAAGAGAGGACAAAGAGUGAACUUCUCCAAGAAGAGCUGGAGAAGAAGAAAGCUUCAAACUCUGACGUCCAGGAGAGUGAGCCAGAGGUCCCUGCUCAACAACAACAGGCUGGUUUCCUAAACCCUGAAACUGAGGAGAAAUUAAAGUCUCUGGAAGACAGGGUGCUGAAUGACCAGCGUGUUACCACCAACCUGAUGGCUGAACGGGACACCCUCACACAAGAGAUGGCAGAGAUCAACAUCCUUAAGGAAGAGGCCAUCAAAAAGCAGGAGGAUCUCUUGCAGGAGAAUGAGGGGCUGAAACAUGAACUCAGCCUCAAGAAAUGUCUUGACCAAGAGAAUGAGGAGCUAAAACAUGAACUCAGCCUCAAGAAAUGUCUUGACCAGGAGAAUGAGGAGCUAAAACAUGAACUCAGCCUCAAGAAAUGUCUUGAACAGGAGAACGAGGAGCUGAAACAUGAACUCAGCCUCAAGAAAUGUCUUGAACAGGAGAAUGAGGAGCUGAAACAUGAACUCAGCCUCAAAAAAUGUCUUGAACAGGAGAACGAGGAGCUGAAAGAGAAGAUCAAAACCAGCCAGGAGGAGUUCAACGCUGAGCUCCAGCUUGCAAAACAGAACCACAUCCUCCUCCAACAGCACUAUCAGGCUCUAAGAGUUGCAUACCAGAAGCUCGGUGAGGCGUACCAAACACAGGUCGUCACUGUCAGAAAUCAGGCUGUAAACCUUCAAAACCAGCUGAAGACGCAAGUCCAGUCAAAUGCAAACAGGAAGAGGGAAGACCAGUGGCUCAUCAGGAAGUUAAAAACUGACCUGAAAGCCCUCCAAGGAAAAACGUCAGCGACCAUCAUCUCCCAGAAAAAAUACUUCUUGAAGAUUAUAGAGGGGCUGAGCAAUCAGCUCAACUCUCUGAGAGAUAUCCGAGAAAAAUAUGACGACCUGAAAGAGGAAUACGAUAUCAGACAGGAGGAGUUCAACGCUGAGCUUCAGCCGGAAAAACAAAAAAAUGUGCUUCUCCAAGAGAAUCACGAGAGCCUGAGAGAGUCGUACAUAGAGCUCAGUAAAAAAUAUGAAGCCGUGAUCAUUACUCUCCAACAGUGGGCUGAAGCGGUUGCUCAGCAGGGACUAACCAUCCAAGUCCAGGAGGAGCCUGAGGACUCAGAGAUUAACAGUACUGAGACCGCAACGACCCUGACACCCCAGGAAGAGCCUGAAGCAUUGACCCCAGUCAGUGAGACAGCGACUCCAGCCACUGAGACAGAGACUCCAGUCAGUGAGACAGCGACUCCAGACACUGAGACAGAGACUCCAGACACUGAGACAGAGACUUCAGACACUGAGACAGCGACUCCAGCCACUGAGACAGAGACUCCAGUCAGUGAGACAGCGACUCCAGCCACUGAGACAGAGACUCCAGUCAGUGAGACAGUGACUCCAGCCACCGAGACAGCGACCCAAGCCAAACCGUUCUGGAAAAGUGUCAGACAUAUUCUGGGUUUGAGGAAGCCAAAGUCCUGGAAGAAGAAGGAGCAGGAGCCUACAUCAACUCCUCACUCCCAUCGCCCCCCAUAACCCUUCCCUCCCUGUGUGGGUUUCCCCCGGGUAACUCCGGUUCCCACACAUAAAUGCAAUUACAAAAAAUAAAACAAUUAAAAUAAAACCAAAAAAACAAA